AGAGAAAAAGCACGUGUGGGCUGAGACUGAGGAGCGGAUCCUAUCUCUCUUUCACACACUCUCCUUCUCUUUCGUAUGAAGAAUGAGCACGACCGGUUCUUCGGCUUACCACUGUGUGGCACACCUCCCAAAUAAUAAGACUAUGUUUAUGCUCUCUACGCCGCCAACAACCACAUUCUUCGCUACGCCUAGGGUUCUCCCGUUUCUCUCUUCAAAACUUUCUUCUUCUUCUUCUUCUUCUACUGCGUCGUCCUCGCCUUGUUGCUCCUCCAUCACUCCCAAGGUUAAAUCCAAAGAUAACAACAAUUGCUACCUCGUCUCCGCUAAACAUUCUCCCGCUAACAUGUCCGCUUCGGUUUCGUCACGCACCUUCCUCAACGCUCGGAACGAACAAGAGCUUCUAGCUGGAAUCAGGAAAGAAGUAGAAGCUGGAUCUCUGCCUGCUAAUGUUGCUGCAGGAAUGGAAGAAGUGUACAAUAACUAUAAAAGUGCAGUUAUCCAAAGUGGAGAUCCCAAGUCAAAGGAGAUUGUAUUGUCGAAUAUGAUUGCUUUAUUGGAUCGCAUAUUCUUGGAUGUGACGGAUCCUUUUGUCUUUCAACCACACCACAAAGCAAAGAGAGAGCCUUUUGACUACUACGUGUUUGGUCAGAAUUAUAUCCGUCCUUUAGUUGAUUUCAAAAAUUCUUAUGUUGGCAACAUGCCCCUUUUCAUUGAAAUGGAAGAGAAACUUAAGCAGGGACACAACAUCAUCUUGAUGUCAAAUCACCAAACUGAAGCUGAUCCAGCCAUCAUUGCUUUGCUGCUCGAAACACGACUCCCAUAUAUUGCUGAAAACAUGACCUAUGUAGCAGGAGAUAGAGUUAUAACUGAUCCUCUGUCCAAACCAUUCAGUAUUGGCAGGAAUCUCAUUUGUGUUUACUCUAAAAAGCACAUGCUUGAUGAUCCAGCUCUUGUAGAGAUGAAAAGAAAUGCAAAUAUACGAGCUCUGAAGGAAAUGGCUAUGCUUUUAAGGAGUGGAUCACAAAUAGUCUGGAUUGCCCCAAGUGGUGGAAGGGAUCGCCCAGAUCCCCACACUGGAGAAUGGGCACCGGCACCCUUUGAUACUUCUUCGGUAGAUAAUAUGAGAAGACUUGUUGAACAUUCUGGUCCACCGGGCCAUGUAUAUCCUUUGGCGAUAUUGUGCCAUGAUAUAAUGCCCCCUCCACUAAAGGUUGAGAAAGAAAUUGGGGAGAAAAGAAUUAUAUCCUUUCAUGGGACUGGCAUAUCAGUGGCUCCAGCAUUAAGCUUUUCUGAAACUACUGCUACUAGUGAAAAUCCUGAAAAGGCUAAGGAGGUAUUCACAAAAGCCCUGUAUGAUUCUGUGACGGAGCAAUAUAAUGUGCUGAAAUCUGCAAUACAUGGCAAAAAAGGAUUUGAAGCAUCAACUCCAGUAGUUUCUUUGUCACAGUCAUGGAAGUAGAUGAAAUCUGCAUGUCUUCACUGCAAUUUGCUCUGAUGCAGAGGCUCCAACUGCUAUGUUCCCUUUCAGAAGCAAGUUACAAGACUUCAGUCAAACAAUUUCAACUGAUUCACUUCUGAGGGACUGCCUAUUACUACACCGGUCACCGAAUGAUUUAGCUUGUUGGAAGUUUGCAGUCAAAUACAUAUUUUUCAUUUCAUUUUUGCUUUUGCUCUUGGUUGCCGUUAUCAGCAUUCAAUUCAUCUGGAAUCUGUUUCAGUUCAGAAGGUUCAAAUUCUGCUGCUUACUGUACAGGUCUCUCUUAGUUCGGUGUCAGAUUUGGUUCGUUGACUGAUAAAAUACUAAAUUUUUUACCUACAAUUUUGUGAUCAGGCUUAGCUAGCUGAAUAGAUAAAAUAUAAUUGGUUCCAUUUGUAUUUUAAGUCAACUUUGUUCCAUUAUAGAUGAAUAGAUGUUAGUAUUACAUGUUCAGACGGGGUCAGUGAAUAAACUGGUCCAAAUGCUAAUGCAAAAUUAUUCAUAUUGGUAAAAUAAAAGCUCUACAGUUACCGUUAUUUUUU